CGGAGCAGAACGAUGCGCUCCCUCGUCAGUGUCUUUUGUAUACUAUCACGUAUAGUCUUUUACUUCCACUUUGGGACUCGGAGCGAUGCAGUUUGGUGACAUUCUCCUGUUUGGGAUCCUGACCCGUCUAUCAUUGGCUCUGCCAGGUCCAGUGGACACUGCGGUAGUUCAGCUGCAGCAGUGGAUGGCGACGGGGGCACGGCCCGUCUCACAGCGGGUCCUCCUCAACGGGAUCCCCUAUACUGGCGCCACUCGUCAAGUUGACGGCAUCAUUCAAAGGAUGUUGACGGAUUCGAACCCUUUGAGGCUCCUCGCCAACCAGAUUGCGUUAUCGAGUGAGACAUCAAAUGAAUCGAAUUCCUAUGGCUUCUUUGGAAACCACACGGUCCUCCGUUCCCGCGACUGCAUUCUGGAGGGCUUGGAACUGUACUGGGCCGACAGGGUUUUCUACGACGGGUUACCCUACCUGUCCCGGGACCGCGGCGGGGCGUGGAUAGCUCACACGCCGCAAGCGACGGCCCUCAAAGCGUCAUGGGUACAGGCUUUGGGGGGCCCUGGGAGGGAGGGGAUCUCCCUUCGGGACCAAUGUGUCAACCUAGUGCAAAAGCUGGACCUUUCUGGGGAACACUCAGUUCCAGGGAUUCUGAUGCCUCAUUUUCUUAUUCCAACCUUGAGUGUACUGGCUUUUAUUGGGCUCAUUGCUCUCAGUCUUUUAAUCUCCAAACAACAAGAGCGGCAGUACCCCGGAGGUGUUGUUGGUUCAAUUGUACACUACCCCAAGGACAUGGCAGAUUUCCAUGCAGGAAAAACGGGCACCGCUUAUCAAACCUUAUGAUUCAAAGAUAAAACUAGGAAAGUACGUAGUGUACUGUGAAACAACCCAAUGGCUUUACUUGGAUGACAUUUGAAUGAGCCAGCAGGUGUCGCCGGGUUUUUCCACUCUGUGAUGAUGAGAAAGCAGCCACGCCAGC